AUGCCGUCCGCACUCAUGGAGAACGGUAAUGGCGAGAACAACGACCAGAAGGAGAAGUCUCUUCAUGAGCUUCUUACCUCUUCGCUGGUAGACGUCUACGUCGGCCAGGACUCGACGCGCUGGUCCCUUCACGAGGAACUCCUCUGCUACCACUCGCCCUUCUUCUCGUCCGUCUUCCGUGGGGACGGCAAGAAUGAAGAGAAGAAGUCCGGGGAAAACAAGACCUACAACCUCACCGACGAGGACGACUAUCCAUUUGAGCUUCUGGUGGGCUGGCUGUACUCCAAGUCUCUCCAGCCGCCAAAGACAGAGAAGGACGUCGGCCCCUUACUUGACCUGUAUCUGCUCUCGGAGAAAUUGCAGAUCAAGAAGCUCAGCAUCGAAGUGGUCGAAGCGGUCAGGGAAUUCUACCACAGCACCUCCACAUAUCCCGGCCUCCGCAGGGUCCAGUACAUCUACGCCGAGACCGACGAGGACAAUGAGAUGCGCGAAAUGAUGGUCUCCUCGGUCGCGCGCCAGCUGACCACAAGCGACAAGAUCCCUGCCCACUGGGCGACGGCUCUGAAGCGCAACGGACAACUGGCCGUCGACAUCAUCCGAGCAAUCCAGCAAUGGCACAUCGAGGAACGCAGCAUCCCCGACGUUCGCGAGGGUAGCCGGAUCCGGGGCAGGCUGCUCAACGGCAGCGUCUUCAGCGCGGUCGAGCGUGCGGCCAAGUCCCACGAGACCGACGAGACCAACGACACGAACUUGGGGGUCGAGAGUCUGAACAGUGGCCCGAGUGAUGCACCGAACGCCAAGAGCGACGCUGAAGAGUAA